GCGAGGGCCCUUGCGCAAUCCUGGGAUCCGAGUCCAUGGCGCUACCGAUCCGUGGCUGGUCCCUGCUCGGCUACCUUGUAGGCCGAGUGUCGGCUCUAGGCGGGAGCGCCUCGCCGCGUUUUGGGGCUCCUGGAGCCGUGGGACGAGCCCUUCGGGGCUUUCGGAACAGCGGCGUGCGACAUGAUGCCAUUAUUAUCUCAGGAACUGAAAUGGCCAAGCAAAUACAAAAGGAGAUACAGCGAGGGGUGGAAUCCUGGGUUUCCCUUGGGAACAGAAGACCUCACCUCAGUAUCAUUUUAGUGGGAGAUAACCCUGCAAGUCAUACAUAUGUCAGGAAGAAGAUCACAGCUGCCUCUUCUGUAGGAAUCUAUAGUGAGAUUAUUCUAAAACCCAAGGAUGUUCUUCAAGAAGAACUUUUGGAUAUUACUGAUCAAUUGAACAUGGAUCCAAGAGUCAGUGGUAUAUUAGUUCAGUUACCGCUGCCAGACCAUGUGGACGAACGAGCAGUAUGCAAUGGAAUUGCCCCUGAAAAAGAUGUUGAUGGUUUUCAUAUUAUCAAUAUUGGAAGACUGUGCCUUGAUCAACAUUGCCUUAUACCUGCCACUGCCAGUGCUGUUUGGGAAAUAAUUAAAAGAACAGGCAUUGAAACAUUUGGGAAAAAUGUGGUUGUGGCUGGAAGAUCCAAGAAUGUAGGGAUGCCCAUUGCCAUGCUUUUACAUACUGAUGGAGAACACGAACGACCAGGAGGUGAUGCAACUGUAACAAUAGCUCACAGAUACACCCCUAAAGAACAGCUGAAGAUACAUACUCAGCUGGCUGAUGUUAUCAUCGUAGCUGCAGGUGUUCCAGAGCUGAUUACAUCUGAUAUGGUUAAAGAUGGUGCUGCUGUAAUUGAUGUGGGCAUCAAUUAUGUCCCUGACCCUUUGACAGGAAAGACAAAAUUAGUUGGAGAUGUGGACUUUGAAGCUGUUAAAAAGAAGGCCAGCUUUAUCACUCCAGUACCAGGAGGUGUAGGACCUAUGACAGUGGCGAUGCUUCUGAAGAACACCCUGUUGGCAGCCAAAAAAAUUAUUUACUAGAUUACAUGAAAGAAUAAAGAAAAUUGAAACCAUGAUAUUUAUUUCACAAAUGGUUAUACCUUUAUAUUUUGCUACAAACUAUUUAUUUCUACAUCAUAUUUAUUUUUUCAUGGGGGUGAAUCAUUCCAGAUCAGAUGAUUCACCCAACUUUAUGCAUUUCUGGUGAAUGGAUUUUGAAUUUUAGGGAAAGAUAAAGCAAUUUUGAUAAUAAAUAUGCUAAUAUUUGUUUAUUCUGUAAAU